AUGGCUUCAACCUCUUCUACUUCAGUACCAACUCCAGAGGUCAAUUCGGACGAUUCAGACCUAAUCACUCUUGUUUCUCGUGUCUAUCGCGACGCCUGGGAUGAAUACCACAUCUGGUCCCUCCGGAACUCGGAAGGAACUCUCAGAAAUCCCACUAGGUCCCCAUACACGCGUCCUCCACCAUUGCCACAGGAGCUACCUGCAGAGUCACCCCCUCAGCCGUCUGAAAUCUCUGACGACCUCGAAGCCUUCACAAUCACCGACUUCGAGGCCUCUGGAUCAGCUAAAGAGACUUGGGAAGUGUCUUCACGGCCUAUAACCGUUGACAAGGUCCUACGCCCGUAUCCGCCCUACGAAUCUUGCACCCCCAUCUCGCGAAACAUUAUGGUCGGCGACGACCCCGACUACCUGCCAUUCAUGCCCUUCUCUGACGAUCCUUCAUAUGACUAUACGUAUGAUGUUGGCGAACACAAGUACUUCGCGUGGCCCGCGCCCAAUUCGGAUCCUGAUACUGAGGUCAUCGCGUACGAAACGACGCGCCGACUGGUCGUGGAUCACAGAAUCUCGUACGAAGAUAUCGACGAGACCGAAUUUCUCCCUUUCUCAACGGAGGAGAUCCGCAAGUUUCAUCGAAAACGCGAUUUUCCUAGAUGGCGUGACCCGAAGGACCUCGCACCGCUCCCUAAAUCUCCCAUCUCCACGACACAAGGGCCGAAGGAGAUCACAAAUUACUUUCUAUCGACUUUCUGUAGUAACCUGAACUGCGUCACAGGGUUCUGUACGACACAUCUCGAAACCCAACCACCAAGCGCCGUCCCGCCCAGAAUACCCUACUCCAAACUCGCAGAUAUCGUACAAGAGCCAUGUGGACGCGACUGCUUUAUGCAACCCAUCUCGGCCGAGAACUCCGUCGGCACGUUUUGGCAACGAGCAGACACCGAAUUCCUCUUCUCUUUCCUCGACUACGCACCUGACAGCUCGUCGUGCGAUCUUGCCGCAAUGUGCAGGAAGCCUUGUCGAGAGAUCCACAAACAGCGAGCGAAGUACCGUUCUCGGAGUGCUACUGCAGGUGCCGCUACAAAGAACGGCAAGACGUACAGAAUCUACCAUGUAGACACGACGGCCCGUGCGACACCCGCUCAGGCUGCGCGUGCGCGAAAAACAAGGCGCAUUGUCAUACACGGUGUGGAUGUUUCAAAAGCUGUCCGAGGAGAUGGAAAGGCUGCUCCUGCGCCAAAUCGCGUUCAGGAAAACUCUGCGGGACGAACAAGUGUUCAUGCUAUAUGGCCAACAUCGAAUGCGAUCCGGAAGUUUGCUUACCUUGUGGAGCACGACGAGAAUUUGUCGAUGUGCAAGAACGUCAGCAUCCAGCGGGGUUAUUCCAAGAGAACCGAAGUUCGCGAGAGUAAAUGGGGCUUAGGUCUCUUCAUGCUCGAGUCAUGCGACGAAGGUGACCUUAUCGCAGAGUACGUCGGAGAGCUUAUCUGCGAACCAACAUUCGACUCGAGGAAUGCACAUACGAAUCACCGCGGACGCUCCUAUGUCUUCAAGCUCAACCCUACGUUCUCGGUUGACGGAGCCAACGCGGGUAAUGCGACGCGGUACAUCAACCACAGCCCGAACGCAAAUUGCGGGACGACAGUCUGCUUGGUCAACGGCGAACACCGAGUGGGGAUCUACGCCGGUACGUCGACCCCCAGCUACACACCUACCCUCUUCUCGUUUCCCCCCCUCACCGCUGAUCCCAACUGCCCUCCAACAGCAACCCGCCUCGAGAAAGGCGACGAGCUCUUCAUCAACUACGGGCCCAAAUUCUUCAUCUCCUCAUCCGGUUCUCCAAAAGACGGCCCCAACCUUCCUGCUGAAGCUGAAGGAACAAGCCUCGACCUGCCCGCGUUCGUGAUGCCGACGUACGAGCAUGCGUCUGACGCGACGUAUUCUGAGGAGUCGGAUGUGUCCAUGGGAGAUGGGAGUGAGCCGGGCGAGCCGUAG